UGCGCAUGCGCGCUCUGAUAUGAAUAACUACAGCGGCAGCCGUCCUACAAAGUUAAGACAGUAAAGCUGGAUAACGAGUAUGCCCUUUGUUGAGUGGUUUUCUGCUGAGACAUCAUCCAAAUCAGGGAUGUAUUAAUUAUUGUCAGGGGAUUUUAGAUAUGAGGUCCAGUCAGAGGUAAAAGAAGUUGGCAGACAUAUUUAGUUGACAUAAUUCGUCUUUCUCGCCUGCGCAACGCGCAUACGCGUCACCACAACGAUCUGGAUUUAGCUGUGAUUAAUACAUCUUACAUCUUUCAUCUUAAAUGGAUGACAUGGACAUGAUUGUGAACGAGAAGAUCUCCUGUAAGUCCUGAUUGUGUGGAACAGUUUCCGUCCUUCUUUGAUCCAUGGAGACUGUGGGCAGCUUCGAGUUCAGCAGGAAGGACCUUAUCGGUCACGGUGCGUUCGCUGUGGUGUUCAAGGGGAGACAUAAAGAGAAGCGCGAUUGUGAAGUUGCAAUAAAGUGCAUCAACAAGAAGAAUCUGGCCAAAUCCCAAGUCCUCCUCGGGAAAGAAAUUAAGAUCCUGAAGGAACUCAAACAUGAAAACAUCGUCGGUCUACUCGACUAUCAGGAGAUUGGGGGAUGUGUUUAUCUCGUCAUGGAGUACUGCAACGGAGGCGACCUGGCUGAAUACCUGCAUGCUCGGCGUACCCUGAGCGAGGACACCAUCCGCGUGUUCCUGCAGCAGAUCUCCAGGGCUAUGAAGAUCCUGCAGAGCAGAGGCAUCAUCCACCGGGACCUGAAGCCCCAGAACAUCCUGCUCUGCUCCCCCCCCGGCCGCCGCAUCAGUCCCAGCAACACCUGCCUCAAAAUCGCUGACUUUGGGUUUGCUCGCCAUCUCCAGACUAACACGAUGGCGGCCACCCUCUGUGGCUCUCCCAUGUACAUGGCCCCGGAGGUCAUCAUGUCCCAGAACUACGAUGCCAGGGCUGACCUCUGGAGCAUCGGCACAGUAGUGUACCAGUGUCUGACUGGGAAAGCACCCUUCUACGCCAGCACCCCCCAGGAGCUCCGGCUCUUCUACGAAAGCAACGGGAAUCUGCUCCCCAGUAUCCCACGGGAGACCUCCGUCCACCUCCGCCAUCUGCUCCUCGGCCUCCUGCAGAGGAACCACAAGGAUCGGAUGACCUUCGACGAGUUCUUCAGCCACCCCUUCCUGGAAUCAAGUCAAACUCCAAAGAAAUCUUCUCCGGUUCCCAUGAUCCCGUCCUACCCCAGCUUUGGGUCUGGUUCUGCUAGCUCUUCCAGCGGCUCCUCCAUCUCCAACCAGCCCUCCCCUCAAUAUCAUUCCGAUGAGGAGAUGACUCCACCUCAGCACAAAACCCGGAACAAGCAUCGGCCCCCGGCCCACAGGGCAGUGGACCACCCUCGGCCAAUGGCGCCCCCCCUUCAGGGCAGGAAGGACGACUCAUCCUACGGGGAGGACUAUGUUAUGGUGCCGGCCCAGUUUCCCAGUGAAUCCACUGAAGUGGGAGAUGGUUCCCCCUAUGAGGGCUGCCUCAUAUACAGGGGGACUUCCCCCUCUUCAUCGCCGCAGUCUCCAGCUAAACCCACCAGCAGGACUGUGGGGUUUAACUGCAGCAACUACCAGCAGUCAGUGGCCGUUCCCGUCCCCACUCAGAUCCACAACUACCAGCGCAUGGAGCAAAACCUCCAGCCUGCGGGCCUACAUGGAUCCACGAGGGCUAUGCUCUGUGCUGGGGGCAGCAGCAGACUCUCCACAGGAGAGUGCAGGUCUGGCGGGGCUCAGCCACGUCGAGGCUCCCCACUGUCCUCCUCCCCGCGGCUCCAGGCUGGAGCCGCUUCACCUGGUCGCUUUUCUACACAAGUAGGGUGCUCCCCCGGGACCCCAGAGCAGGCCUGCCCUCUGAGCUCCAGGACGCCAGCUGACCCCAGACCCCAGUACAGCCUCCCCUGCAGGGAUAUCAACACGGCGGCCCCCCAGAGCCUCAAGGUAUGGACGGCUCCGAACCUGCCAACCCAUGGCCCCUCUUCCACCCCUCGGACAAAGCCAGCAUGGCCGCAGGAGAACACCAACAGCCCCUUAAAGCGGUCAUGGAGUACAGGCAGGAUAUCUGAUAUGCUGCUGAAGGCUGCCUUUGGAACUCAGCUCCUGCAGGGAGAGCUUCACGACAGCCCGCUUUCUGAGAAGAGCGUUGACAUAGCAGGGACCAGGGAUAAGGCUGUUGCAGCCUCACCUAGUGGGUGUCUGAGAACUGCAGGAGGGCUGUCAGUCAGUCCUGCGGUUGUGGCGUUUGCUGACUCUCCAUCCAUAGGAAACACCCCUCCUCGGAUAUUCUCUGAAAGCCCCAGCUUCAUGAGUACAGCCUGGCUCUUCGGCAGCCAUCUUCACAGGAGAGCCCACCGAGAAAGUGACGUUGAGGUCAUGGACGGGGUCCAAGAGAGCACCCUGGAUUUCCACCCUCCUGAGCUCCCAGACGACACGCUGAUGGAGCAGGCACAUACAAAUGCUCUAAUGGAGCUCCGCUUCACACUGGCCUUUGUCCACUGUGUAAUGGAGGUGGCAUUCUCCAAAGACCAAGUCCUGGAGGCCAGCAGCAGCCCUGACGUAUCCUUCCUGCAGCAAAGCCUGGUGACGGAUCAGAUCAGUCUCCUCAGCAGAGAGUGGAGCCACGCAGAGCAGCUGCUGUUGUACAUGAAGUGUGAGGAGUUCCUGUCCUCCGCACUGCGCGCCGCUAAAGAGGACAUCAAAGAAGGCCGCCUACUGCCCUCUGUCACUGUGAAGCAGCUGAUCAGGAAACUGAACGAGUUGUACAAGGCCUGCGUGACGUAUUGCCGCUCGCUCAACGACCGGCUGCAGAGCUUUCUGCAGGACAAGCAGAGACUGAUGGACCGCUUCAAUGGCAUCGUAGCAGAGAAACUUAUUUACAACCACGCAGUGCAAAUGGUGCAGUCCGCGGCCCUGGAUGAGAUGUUCCACUGUAGCACGGCAUCCAUCCAGCGGUACCAUAAGGGCCUCCUGCUGAUGGAGGGCCUGUCCCGUGUUGUCACGGAGAAACGCGACGCUGAGAGCGUUGACAAAUGUAAGCAGUGCAUCGAGCGACGUCUUGCUUCUCUCCACAGCUUACAGCAUGCUAGCUAUCUUUAGUGGUGACAACAAGGCCUUCGUUCUUCCGUCACCCAUCUGGCUAAGAGGCAGAUGAGCACCAGACUGUUGAUACACAAAAGCACUUUGAUGUCCCGCACACAGGGGAAACGACCACUUAAGCUUCAGCUCGUCCAUUGGCGCCCAGCCUGACUGUUGGGCAUCUUGAAAAUGACUGUUUUAGCACAUCUACAGAGACGCAACGUGUUAAGUUCCCAUUGUAUACGCUCUGGGCUGACCGAAUUUUUUUCCGGCUUAAAAAUUGUGUUUGUUUUUGUACAACAUUUUGCACAGAGAAUAAUUACAGCCAGCAAUGUGUUUUAAUGAUUUGUUUUAUUACUUGAAAAAUGCCUUAAACAGUGGUUGGUUUUGCGUGUAUUGAACUUUAUGAAGUACUGUAUUGAUCUACGAGCAAAUAAGAGUCUGAUUAUUCAGACCAAAUAUUGCCAAGGUGUAGCCAAGCUACUCAUACAGUGCUUAACUGGUUUAUGUUUCUUUCUAUAACAAGUGAUAAGAUGCAAUAGGAAAAUGAAAGUGUAAAAACAUGUAGUUGUUCAUCUGCAAGGUUCUGAGAAUUAUAAGGCUUGGCUUUUAUUACCAUGAAAGUAAUGCUGUAUUUUGGCAAAAUAGGAUGUCUGGUUACCCUACGUACGGGAAACCUGUUUGAUUCCUACCUGUUUCACUGUUUAAUAGCGGCCCAAAUUGGUGGGCGCCAUCCUGGUUAUUUCUCUGCGUGAGAAAUACGAAGUGUGGGGUGUGAGCGUGUGCAUGGGUUGAAUUGCGUGUGUCUCACGCUGAAGGCGUGAGACUUGAGAGCCCUGAUUACAACAAUGCAUGGUAAUUGGUGUUGGAGUGUUUUUGAAGUUAGUGUUGUGUGUUUUAUGAAUGACAUAUUCAACAGAAAUAUCUACAUCUUUGCUGCCAUUUGUCCAAUUAAUGUAUAAUUUGGAUACAUAAGAAUAUGUAUAAUGUCAUUAAAGGAAAUACACCUCA